AUGCCACACGGCGAGCAGAAGAAGGCCGCACCGCCCACGGCGACAUUCGAGUAUUCGCUCCUUGAGCUUGACCCUCGUCAGGUGCGACUGAUAACGCUGUCACCAGGGGUUGGGGGGGAACCGCUUGCCUGCAAGGUUGAGGUUCUUGAGUUCAACUCUGAUCUCCACAAAACGUACGACGUACUCUCCUACGCCUGGGGUGACAAGGAGGACCAACAGACUAUCACUGUUGAAGGGGGCGCCGGCUUCGAGAUCACGAUUAGGAAGAACCUAUGGCUCGCCUUGCGCCGCAUCCGAGAUCGGGGAGAAACCGGGAGACUCUGGGUUGAUGCGAUUUGCAUCAACCAGGAUAAGAAGUCAGAGGAGAAAAGCCAGCAGGUUGAGAGGAUUGGUGACAUGUACAAACACUGCAGGAAGUGUAUCGUCUGGUUGGGGGAAUUCCCGGUGUCUACUCCUCCGACACGAGGGGUCUCUAAAGCGGUGGAGCUUCUCAAGAUGUUUGCCGAGUGCGACCCAAGGGAUGACUCGUCGAGAGAGAGCGCGCACGCACUGCAUGUGUUCGAGCUCGAAUGCUUCUGCACAAAAGACAAUCGCACCGACGUCAGCGACGAUUACAAAGACAGGUUCGAAGCUUUGACCACACUUCUGAACCUCGAAUGGUGGAGGCGCACCUGGGUCAUCCAGGAGCUCACUCUCCCCGGCGAGCUCGACUUGUUGGUCGACAGCGAAUCGCUGCCUUAUAAGACGCUGGAGGAUGCUGUCUUGCGGUUGACUCGGCAUUCCUUGCUCGCGUGCUGCAAGAACCACAGACUUGGCCUCCGUGGGCUAGGGUUCGAGGCGGUGGUGACCAUCGAGGAGCGGCUCCAUUCCAUGAUUCUAGCACGUCAAUACCGGUUGGACGGAAAGGACAUCACCUUCGCCCAUUUGAGAAGACGCUUCUGCGGGUCCGAGGCCUCGUGGAAGCGGGACUCUUUCUACGGGCUCCUUGGUAUCGUUACCAAAACAAAACUUUUCACUCCCGACUACAAGCUGCCCCUGCGGACAGCCAUCACCGACGCAACUUUUGGCUGUGUCAAGUUAGAGGAAGAUGGGGCCGAGCUCCUUCUCGGAGAGCGACUCUUCCGCGACCAAAACCCAUAUCGGAGGCUUCACGUACCCUCUUGGGUAUCGGACGCCUGCUUCUGCACCUUCCCUCCGAAGUGGGCCCUGAUGGAGCGGCGCAGACUCGGCAUCUACUCGUCAUUCGCCACAGACAAUUCCGAGUCAGAUAAGGAAAGGAAGGCGUUUGUUGGCAGUCUAACAAAGAGCAAGAACGCCCUUCUCCUAACCAAGUCCUGCCAAGUUGCAACGAUCAAAGAUCUUGGUUGCAUCUUGGUAGACGAGAAGCAGUGGAAGUAUGUGCCGGACAUCCUCGCAUCAUGGAUGGAACUCGCUGGCAUUAAACACACGUCCUGGCCUGAAGCCUCCCCGGCAAAAGAUUCGCAAAUGGAUGUUUUCUGGAGAACAGUGAUCAACAAUUCGACGGAGAAGGAUGGCGGCAGUCUACGGUACGGAAGGCCAACCGCGGAUGGCCAAGGCUCUGACUAUUCAAGACUCAGAUCGCUGUGGACAUCUCUUAGAUUUGUUGCCUUGGGAAGAAAGUUUUGUAAUGCAUUGACGGCGCCGGGGACAGGGGCCGAAGCCUCCAUUGAGGCCAUCGACGGAAGCACACCAGUCACUGACAACCCUGGACUCGACGAGCAGUCGUUCCCCGUUGGCAUGGAACCGCCCGAGUUGCAUGACCUGGUUGUCGGCAUGGACGCAAAGAUGGUCUAUCACCUCCUAGCCUGUCUCUGGGAGCGCCGACUUUUCAUUACAGAAGGAGGGAAGAUCGGCUUGGCCCCAAGGGACGCCGAGAAGGGCGAUGAGGUCCAUAUCAUCCCUGGAUGCCCCGCUCCGUUCAUUCUUCGCCGGCUUGACGACCCCAAAUCUUCCGACAGUAACUUAAAGUUAGGGGACUGGGACACCGACAGCCUUCCUCAGUAUAUGGUUGUUGGGAACGGCUUCUUCCAUGGCUUCAUGGGCGGCGGCAUCCCAAACGUGGCGGGCGUGGGGCCACUUGAUGGAGACGGACUGCCUCGGGUGGCCGCAGUCCCCCAGGGAAUCGCCAUCCACUAGGUAGUAUAGAAGUAGUUGGAUAAUGGAGUGGCUUGCGCAAUCAGACGAGAAUUGUAUUGAAACUCUCAGAUCCUCAAACGGGUAUUGGGAGGGAACAUCGCUUAUCAUGGCGCUGAACCUGCUAUUUGAAAAUAUUCGAGUGAGGCGGGUGACGCUGAGGGAGCGGAAGACAACGACUGGGCGUUUCUGUGGAGGUGUGGACGUUGUUAUGGAGGAGGAUGACUAACGUUUUAAUGCUUCUCUUUCGAAGUACACUACAUGUCAGCAAACAUGCUCUAAAAUACCGACACUUUGUACUUCAAGUUAGCGAGGUACAUCCUACCAAUACUCCCUAACGUUGACGGCAAUGGAGGUCG